UUUACUUAUUUUCGUAAUCCUGCUUCCUACUCUGUGAAGAUCUAUAAAUAAGGGUGCCAAACCGACGUAAAUUCCAGUGUAACGACACUCGCACUCGGAUUCAGUUCUUGUUACCACUGCCAACCCCAUAGAAACACCAUGGACACGGAUGACGACCAGAAGAUGGCAAUGCUCCGCAAAGCCUUCCAAAUGUUUGACACUACGAAGUGUGGCUACAUCGACGUCCUCAAGAUCUCAACAAUCCUUAACACCAUGGGCCAGCUUUUCGAUGAUUCUGAACUCCAGGCCCUCAUUAGUGAAAAUGACCCAGAAGGUUCCGGCAAGAUUAACUUUGACGGAUUUUGCAACAUCGCCUCCCACUUCCUUGAAGAGGAGGACGCUGAAGCUAUGCAACAGGAACUGAAGGAAGCUUUCCGGUUGUACGAUCGUGAAGGCAACGGCUAUAUUACUACCUCGACCCUGAAAGAGAUCUUAGCCGCUCUUGAUGACAAGCUGAGCAACGCUGACCUGGACGGCAUCAUCGCUGAAAUUGAUACCGACGGCUCUGGUACCGUCGACUUCGAUGAAUUCAUGGAGAUGAUGACUGGAGACUAAGCUUAUCGUCUAAAUUUCCAUAGUAUUAAUUCAUUAUUGUUACGUUUAGAACUUUUAUAUUGUAAAUUUUUAAGAGUACAAAAACAGUAUAUGCGGUAUUAGCAUGAUUGUUAGAGAAACUAUUCACAUUGUUUGAAUCUAUCGUAUAGGUAAGCAAUUUCGGUAUUGCAUUUUAUUUUUAACCUACAGACUGUAGGCCAAACAUCUUUGGUAUGUGUUCCAAGGAACUAUUUGCCAGAAUAAUUUGCGUGUAACGAAUAAUAUAAACAAUUAUAUGCUAAUAUUUAUAACGCAUUAAAUUUAUUUAUAUAUUUGAAACUCUACGUAAUAGUAUUAUAU